AUGGCCAGCCACUACGGCCCACCAGGAGGACUCCACUACAUUCUAAAUACCAAGUUAGAUUAUAUUGAAGUACUAGAUACCACUUUCGACAGGUGGAAAAUGAAGUUGGCAGCAGUGUUAGCUUCGCUAUUGUGUUUAGCGUUCUCCUUCCCCGUGUUCAACACUCAGCCAUGGUCUCUUUUGCCAUUUGCGACGAAUUGGGGCCGCAAGGACCGGUUGGUCAAAACGGGCCCUGAUGAGUUCCGGUUAGUCUCAGAAGAGGACAAGUUGAGUAUGAAGAAAAGGGGCCAGAAGUUUAUAGACAUGACUGCUCAGAUACCGAUCGAUUUAGCUGUUGAGCAAGGGUUGGUUCGAAAGCCCUCGCUUUCGUUGUGGGAGAACCUCUUGGUAAUUGGCUCCAAGCAAAUCUCGACAUUGAGCAAACCCAUCCCGGUUUACAACUAUCCAAGCGUUACUGCGUAUGGUUCGGAAGUGAAGAGAUUGUACCAGCUCAUAGAUGUUGACUUGAUGCUCAAGCAAUUGACAAAGUUUACCUCCUUUUACUCGAGGUAUUACAAGGCGGCUAGUGGAGCCGAAAGUGCGCAGUGGUUGUUUGACCAGCUUUCAGCAUUGGUUAGCCCCUUUGAAGAGAUUAGCAUCACGAAAGUCCACCACUUGGGAUGGGACCAAUUUUCCAUAAUUGUUUCGAUCCCUGGCCAAGUAGAUGACAAGGUUGUAGUUGGCGCCCACCAGGACUCAGCCAACUUGAUCUUGCCCAACCUCAUGAGGGCUCCAGGCGCCGACGACGAUGGUUCUGGCUCGGUGACAAUUUUGGAAUCGUUGAGAAUCCUCCUUGAAGCCUACAAAGAAGGGGCAUCAUCAUUCAAGCCCUAUAACACUUUGGAGUUCCACUGGUAUUCCGCAGAAGAAGGCGGGUUGUUGGGUUCGAUUGAUGUCUUUACUAGAUACUCCAAGGCAAAUGAGGUUGUUGUGGGGAUGUUGCAGCAAGAUAUGACUGGAUACACGCAAGGGGCCAUCGAUGCUGGAGUCGAGCCUCAUUUUGGUUUGAUUGCCGACUACACUAGUGUUGACCUCAACAACUUUUUGAAGUUGAUCAUUGACGAGUACAACUCGAUUCCAUACCACGAGAGCCAGUGCGGCUACGCUUGCUCGGACCAUGCUAGUGCGUUGGAAAACGGCUACCCAUCCUCGUUUCUUAUUGAGAGCGAGAUGAAGUAUACAAACAAGUACAUACACUCAACCAUGGAUACGAUUGAUAGAUUGGAUUGGGACCAUAUCAAGGAACAUGUCAAAUUGACUGUUGCCUAUGCAUACGAAUUGAGUUUGGCAAAAGACCUACACUAG